CUUACACCCUUAAUUUGUUUCUAGGUGUUGGCUGCCAAUUGUAGAGUGCAAAUGAAAAGUUACAGAUUGGUGGCUUCGUUAACAAAAUUUUCAGUUAUUUGUGUAGUUGAAGACGGGAAUUUGUUUUGCGUAUAAAAGUUAACUUUGCGUUUCGGCGUAUACGCAGCGGUGGUGGUGCAAAAUUGCAAUUUUGGUGUACAAAAAAAGCAAAAGGAAUAUCCUAUCCUCUAUCCAACAGUGGCGAGAAAUCCAAAGGACAGGACGGGCAACAUAAAGAAAAAUUUGUAUUUUCAUCUUGUUGUACACAAGAUAAUUUUUUUUAAAAAUCCAUAACAACAUUUUUAAUAAACGAAGGCAACCGAGCAGAGCAGAGCGGCGCAGGCUUAGGACCGUAAUUCGUAAUUAAAAUCCGAGACAAUUACAAUUUAAACAAACCGAAACGAAGGGAAGGCAGGAGACUGCUCGAAACAAGGUUGGUGAAACUAGCGAAAAAAAAGAAUAUCCGACUGCACAGUUAUUUCGCCAACCUUACGAAUCACAGGAACUAUAACUAUAGGAAUCCGAUUCCGAAUACCCCACUAUACAUAGUUACAGUAUGAGCGCAAAGUAUAUUUAACAAAGCAAACUUUCUACAGGGAUCUAAAUACACCAACCGCACAUUCAUACAACUACAGCAACAUUACUACUGUAUUAACCCAAACCAAAAACCAAAUAAUUCAAUUGGCAGAACAGAGGACAAACGUCAGAAUUAAUGCACAAGAAUAGAAUGCGUGAAUAGUAUUCCAAAACCAAACCCAACUAAAACGAAACUCUUGCAGAAUCGGUUGAUUUAUCCAUACUAGACAGUGCACAAAAUAAUCGUCGUAUGCAAGCGUGAUCAUAAAAAGCUUUUCAUUCACAUAAGCUUCUGGCCAGCUUAAAAAAAUUUGCCACUUCUGCUGCGACGACUGCAUCUGCAAGGCUAAGCGAGUGGGGAAAAGCACAGGAUCUAGAACGCCGGCUGCACAAAUAUACACAAAUCCGAAUCGAAGAAGCAAGGAUCAGAUACAGAGGUCUCAACGAUAAAAGAUGAAUGAACUAGACAGUCUCAGGCAGGAAGCCGAAUCCCUAAAAAAUGCCAUACGGGAUGCCCGGAAGGCCGCCUGCGACACAUCCCUGUUGCAAGCAGCCGCCUCUCUGGAACCCAUUGGCCGCAUACAGAUGCGCACCCGGCGUACAUUACGCGGCCACUUGGCGAAAAUCUACGCCAUGCACUGGGGCAACGACUCCAGGAACCUCGUGUCAGCUUCACAGGACGGUAAGCUAAUCGUGUGGGACUCGCAUACCACGAACAAAGUCCACGCCAUUCCACUACGAUCCUCAUGGGUGAUGACCUGUGCGUACGCUCCAUCUGGCAGCUAUGUGGCCUGCGGGGGCCUCGACAACAUGUGUUCAAUUUACAACCUAAAGACGCGAGAGGGUAAUGUUCGUGUGUCUCGAGAGCUGCCGGGCCAUGGUGGCUACCUAUCAUGCUGCCGCUUCCUGGACGACAAUCAGAUAGUGACCAGCUCAGGAGACAUGUCGUGCGGUCUGUGGGACAUCGAGACCGGCCUGCAGGUCACCUCCUUUCUGGGCCACACCGGCGACGUAAUGGCACUCUCGCUAGCUCCCCAGUGCAAAACGUUCGUAUCCGGCGCCUGCGAUGCAUCCGCCAAGCUAUGGGACAUUCGGGAAGGAGUCUGUAAACAAACCUUCCCCGGCCACGAAUCUGAUAUCAACGCAGUGACAUUUUUCCCCAAUGGACAAGCAUUUGCUACCGGAUCGGACGACGCAACCUGUCGACUCUUCGACAUUCGCGCCGAUCAGGAGCUGGCCAUGUAUUCGCACGACAACAUCAUAUGCGGCAUCACCUCUGUGGCAUUUUCAAAGAGCGGACGUCUGUUAUUAGCGGGAUAUGACGACUUCAACUGCAAUGUGUGGGAUACGAUGAAAGCUGAACGGUCUGGUAUACUCGCCGGUCACGACAACCGUGUAUCCUGUUUGGGCGUCACUGAAAACGGCAUGGCGGUGGCAACAGGAUCGUGGGACUCCUUCUUGCGUGUAUGGAACUAAAAAGAACUUCAAAUGCAUUAAAGGGUGGGGUGGGGUCAGGUCAACGGUUGCGCAGUCUGCGGAUAGUGUUUCACCCAUCAUCUACAUUGUGAUCUAAUGUAAAUGGUUCGGUGUUACCUCUGUGGUUAAUAUAAAAUGAGUGCCGGACGUUUUGAAUAUGUGGGCGCAGCUAGUUGACUAGAACGUAGACCACAACAACAAAGAACUUUAUAUACAACAUUAUUUAUAUUGCUAUAUACUUAUUAACUAAAAUUAUACAAAAAAAAAAAGAAAACCGCAGACAUACGCAGCAACAUACAAAUAGACAUACACACGCAUACAAGAAUAUUAUUAGUGUAAAUGGAAAAUUGAAACAAAAAAAAGAAGUAAAUGAAAACGAAAACGAUGGGCCCGCUGAUAGUCAGUUGUUUAGUCAGAAUUCCGGUUACAGCUACAGUUUAAAACGUACGUAAAUUAAACUUAGUUAAAAUCGUAUUUCAGUGGUGAGUGCAACUGAUGAAACUCCCAGGAGUGCGCCAACACCGUAUUGCGUCAGUCGUUUGCACUUUGUAAAAGAAAAAGGUAUCAUUGUAAUCAUGUAUGUCAACAAGUAAAUACAUAUUCUUUUGCGUAUAAUACAUAAACUUCAGAAUGUGGAUCCUGAUGAAAGGAAGUCAAAUAAAGUUAAAGCAUUUAAAAAAUAAAAAAAAAUCACGGCAAACCUAAAAGUAAACAAAAAAAAAAUUGCGUAAUAAACUUUAUAAAUCAAGUAAUGAAAAAAGUAAACAAAACACUAUAACAAAUUUUUGUCUUAUUAUGUUUAAGUCCCUAAUUUAUAUACAAACAAAAAUAAGAAUGAUUUAAAUAACAUAUAUGUAAACUAUGCAUUAGUGAAAAAGUGGAAAACUAUUUAUAUAUAAUAUGAUGGCCAUAUAAGCUAUAACAAUAAAUUGAAAAACACCUUUAAAUCUUAUAAUACAUUUAUAAAUGUUUAACAAAAUCUUAACAAAUACAUUCAUAGAAUUGCGGCAGUAGGGGCAUUAAAGCAUCAUGGAAAUAAUUUGAGCAUUCAUCCUCUCACUACAAUGAUACAAUUGAAUUUUGUUCAUUUGUUCUCCUAAAUUCUUAUGAGGUUUUACAAAUAUGGCUUAUAUGAGGUUUGAAAAUGCAAAAACGAUUGUAGAAUGCAAAAACUAAAGCUUAUAUUGUGAAAAUACUGAUAUUGUCUUGCUGUCUUACGAAUAUACUGAAUCAUCAAGUUCUUAUCUA